CAUGGUUUUAGGGCACCGACGCUACGCUGAGACUGUCUGUGUCUUCAUUGUAUCAAAUUUCGACUAAAAAUUAGACGAUUUUUGUGGUGUUUUAACUUGAAACUUGAUUCUCGGUCAUUUUUCAUUUUUCACAUAAUUUUCUUGGUAGGUGAAGGUCACCAGCUGCUAACAGUACAGUAGAAGGAAAAUUGCUUUUUAUCUACUGCAUGAUCGGCACAAGAAGUAGGGCUUCUACAUCCAAGCGGAAAACUCUCGGGAAAUGGAAGGACACGAGCGUCAGUACUGCGAGCUCUCUGCAAAUCUCUCGCGGAAAUGUAAUUCUACUGCUCUUCUUCCCGAUGGAGAACAGAAGAAGGAAAAUAUAUCUGAGAUUAAAUCUGCGCUUGAUGACGCAGAUGUUUUGAUUCGGAAAAUGGACCUUGAGGCAAGGAGUUUGGAGCCAAGUUUAAAGUCUAUACUUCUUUUUAAACUGAGGGAAUAUAAAUCUGACCUAAAUAAGCUCAAGUGGGAGUUUGAAAAAAUGAUCUCAAGUGAUAGCAAUCAGGAAAGCCACGAAGAGUUGUUGGAGUCUGGAUCCAUACAUGUUUCUGCGGAACAAAGUGAAAUGUUGACUUUGUCGAUAGAGAGAUUGGAUCGUUCAAGCAACAGAAUUAACGAGAGUAGAAGGACCAUAUUAGAGACGGAAGAACUUGGUGUUUCAGUCUUAGAAGAUUUGCAUCAGCAGCGCCAAACUCUCCUUCAUUCUCAUCAAAAGCUUCAUGGGGUAGAUGAAACCAUCAACCGCAGUAAGAAAAUUUUAAGUGGCAUGUCACAGAGGAUGACCAGGAACAAAUGGAUAGUUGGCUCACUAAUCGCAGCACUUGUUCUUUCACUCAUUUUUAUUCUAUCAUUCAAGCUUGUACAUCAUUAGUUAGCGCUUGGAAUCUCCCAAGUGUCCAGUGUAUGCUGUAGAGGAUCUUCUUUUGUGCAUCCUGUUCUUGUAUAUAAAAUUGAGUACUUAAUUAGCUUGAAAUUGAUGUGAUGUAACUUUGGCAUCUUCGAUUAUUGUUUAUUCUGGUA